AUGAUGCAGUUUAUUUCCCCCGGAGUCCCACAUCUUGUUCUGGUUCUCCUGGUUCAGCUGACGGUACAUGCACAGAUUCCACCUUUGCCAGACGAUAAGGCCCCCAAAGGGAUGAUGUUCGAGGAGGUGAUGGCGAAGAGCAUGUGUCACCCCAUGGAGCAGCUGGUGGAUGUGGAGCAGGAGUUCCCUGGAGUCGUUGGCUACAUCUACAUGCCUGCUUGUGUGUCACUAUGGCGAUGCUCUGGUUGCUGUCGGGACGAAUACCUGGAGUGUCAUCCCACCCUCGAACGCAACAUCACUGUGCAGAUGAUAAGAAUUGCUCCUUUGAUAUCCCGCAACCGUGUGGAGCUGACAUUUGUGGAGCAUCAGAAAUGUGACUGCAGAGCCCGUCAGACACUUCUAAACUAUACAAGCAGCCAGGAGUCCUUCAGGAGCAAACCUCGGCGGCGGAAACCCAAGAAGACAGAGACCGGCUGUGGCAAGUAA